AUGUCAAUUCACGAUAAAACUCCUAAUGAAGAGCAAGGUCUUUAUUCAAGUUGGGCAUUAUUGAUACAAACGAGUUUACUUAUACUAGCAUUAUGGACCAGUUAUUAUUUACAAGUUAAACAAAUUCGUGCUAUACAUGAAACUGUAGUAUCAAUAUUUGCUGGAAUGUUUGUUGGAUUGAUUAUCAGACUUUCACCAGGAUCAAUGAUUCAGAAGAUGGUCACUUUUCACCCUUCCUAUUUUUUUAAUCUUUUAUUACCACCAAUCAUAUUGAAUUCUGGUUAUGAAAUGAAAAAAGAAAACUUUUUUAAAAAUUUAGGAACAAUUCUUACUUUUGCUCUCGUGGGUACAUUUAUUUCAGCCAUUGUUAUCGGAAUUUUGACUGCAAUAUUAUCAUUGACUGGAAUUGAUUCACUUUCACUUUCAUUUUUGGAUUCAAUGAUUUUUGGAUCAGUUCUAUCCGCAACAGAUCCGGUGACAGUUUUAGCAAUAUUUCAAAGUUUAAAAGUUGAUCCUCGAUUAUAUUCGAUAAUUUUUGGAGAGAGCAUUUUAAAUGAUGCUACUGCUAUCGACAUUAAAACAAUAUCGCGGUCAAUCUUUUCAUCUUUACAAUAUCAUCCAGGGUAUUCUUUAUUUCUUGUUCAACUUUGGAUGUUCUUUAAUUAUGGGUGUAUUGUGUCUUUGUUAUUUUGUGGAAUUACAUUAAAACAUUACGCCUACGAUAAUAUGGCACUUAGAACUAAGAGAACAACAAAAUAUAUGUUUCACGUCUUUUCUAAAUUAUCCGAGAAUUUUAUUUAUAUUUAUCUUGGACUCACUUUAUUUACAAAGACUGAUCUUGAAUAUAAACCAUUCUUUAUUUUCUUCACUGCGAUUUUCAUGUGCGUAUCACGUUAUUGUGCCGUUUUUCCACUUUCAAAUAUUUUAAAUACUAUUGCACGUUAUCGAAAACGUACCGAAACACUUUCUCAUUCUCACUCGGUAAUGCUUUUUUGGUGUGGAUUACGUGGUGCUGUUGCAUUCGCAUUGGCAGCUGGACUUCAAGGAGAUAAUGCAAGUGCAAUGAGAACAACAAUUUUAGUUGUAGUAGUUCUUAGUGUAAUCGUAUUUGGUGGAACCACCAGUCGAAUGUUAGAAAUUCUUAAAAUAGAGACAGGUGUAGAAGAUCAAGAAAAUGAUAGUGGUGAUGAAGGUGCUCGUCAUAAUGAAUAUGAAGGAAGUAAUGAAUAUGGUCACUCGAGAUCUAAUUCUGAAGGUUCAAUCGAAUCUAAUGGAACCGGAAGUUCGAAUAAUGCAGAACAUCAUAAUUUAUUAUCUAGAGCCACUCCACCAAUUGUUUCUUCUUCAAGUCGUCAAACUCAUUGGUUCAUAUCAUUCGAUGAUCGAUUCCUUAAACCUUUAUUUACUCGACAAAAUAAUGUUAAAAAACAUAUUGAUGAAGGAUGGAGAAAUGUUGAUAGAAGGCAACAACAAGGAGAUAAUCAUAGCAAUAUUUCAUUAAAUGUAAAUGUUACAGAUAAUAUUAAUAAUGAGGCGGAAACAUUUCAAAGUUUUACAGAUCUUAAAAAUUCAGAAAUUAAUUAG